CAUCGGCAAACUAUUGUUACUUGGCAUGAAAAUCCUUAUUCUCCUCCACAACCAUUUGUGACCAUAAAUAAUUAUCUAUUGGUAAUUGGUUCACUGGAUUAUUCAUUUGGUGUGUUGAUAGCCCCGCGGAUUAUAUAUUUGUUGGUUUCUUGAAGCAUGCCAUCUGGGGCACCUUUGUUUGUCCUAAACCGUACAGCUCGUGGAGAACAGGGAAAAUCUGUACAGUUAGCGAACAUUGAAGCGGGAAAGACUGUUGCCGAAGUAAUAAGAACAUGCUUAGGACCAAGGGCAAUGUUGAAAAUGCUCAUGGAUCCUAUGGGUGGGAUAGUAAUGACUAAUGAUGGAAAUGCAAUAUUGAGAGAGAUUACUGUUGAGCACCCAGCCGCCAAAUCGAUGAUAGAAAUCGCACGAACUCAGGAUGAGGAAGUUGGGGACGGUACUACCUCUGUAAUUAUUCUCAGUGGAGAAAUGUUAGCAGUCGCUGCUCCCUGUUUAGAAAAACAGGUGCACGCUACAAAAAUUAUAUCCUCAUUCCGAAAAGGCCUCGAUGAAAUGCUUGUAUUGCUUCGUGAAAAAUUGAGUGUUCCAUGUGAUGCAUCAAAUGAACGAGAGGUCCAAAAGAUAAUUCAAAGUUGUGUUGGGACAAAACUCAUAAAUCAAUGGUCCGACCUAGCCUGCAAGAUUGCUUAUGACGCCGUAAAAAUCGUAACAGUGGAAACCGACGGUCGUAAAGAAAUAGACAUCAAACGGUACGCAAAAGUGGAAAAGAUUCCUGGUGGGUCUGUUGAAGACUCGGUUGUUCUUGAUGGCGUUAUGUUUAAUAAAGAUGUUGUACACCCUCGUAUGUCAAGAAGAAUAGAGAAUCCUAGGAUCUUGCUUAUGGACUGUAAUUUGGAGUAUAAGAAAGGCGAAAGCCAGACAACAAUGGAGUUAUCAGAUGAUAAGGACUUCACUCGUGCUCUAGAAAUAGAAGAGUCCUUCAUCAAGGAAAUGUGUGACCAAAUUAUCCAAUAUAGUCCCAAUGUUCUUAUUACCGAAAAGGGAGUUAGUGACCUCGCUCAACACUAUCUGAGCAAAGCCAACAUAUCCGUCAUAAGGCGACUCAGAAAAACAGACAAUCUACGCAUCGCGAGAGCAUGCGGUGCUACUAUUGUCAAUAGACCAGAAGAAAUCAAGGAGGAAGAUAUCGGCGUCCAAGCUGGUCUUUUUGAAGUAAAAACAAUAGGAGACGAGUAUUUCACAUUCAUAACGAAGUGCAAGAAUCCCAAAGCUUGCACCAUUCUGCUCAGAGGUGCCAGCAAAGAUGUACUCAAUGAAGUCGAGCGCAAUCUGCAAGAUGCCAUGAAUGUAGUUCGUAAUGUUAUGUUGGAGCAGCGAUUAGUUCCUGGAGGUGGUGCCAUUGAAAUGGCCCUGGCACAAGAAUUAACUCAAAAAUCAAAAUCAGUUAAUUCUGCCGUUCAGCAAAUGGUUUACCUCGCAAUGGCACAAGCCUUAGAAGUGAUACCCAGGACGUUAGCUAAAAACUGUGGUGCAAAUGUUCUUCGACUUAUCACGGAGCUUCGUGCUCGUCAUGCUACUGAUCCUGCUAAAUAUUGGACAUUUGGUGUGAACGGAGUGUCUGGAAAGAUUGUCGAUAUGAAAGAACUGGAUAUUUGGGACCCCUUGACAGUCAAGGCCCAAACUCUCAAGACAGCAAUUGAGACUGCAAUUUUGCUGCUGCGAAUCGAUGAUGUUGUUUCUGGGGUAAAGAAGCAAUCGGGAGAUAAUACACAAACGCCCACAGCCACUGAAUAAGGUUUCUGUCACCAAGUAAUUUUUAACCUAAAAUAUAUAUCGAUUCUACCUGCGUUA